AUGGCUGCUAACAUGCCCGGGCUGAUAGCUGUAGCUCUGUUUUAUGUGUUCAUUCUAGCAACUGGAAUAUGGGCCUCUCGAAAGUCCAAGCAUGAAGAGAAGAGAAGCACUGGGACUGGGACAGAAGUCGCCCUGGUUGCUGGUCGGAAUAUAAAUAUCAUUGUGGGAAUUUUCUCAAUGACGGCUACAUGGGUUGGAGGAGGAUAUAUUCUUGGCAUUGCUGCAACUACCUAUGAGCCUACAAAAGGCUUGAUUUGGGCUAUAAUGCCAUUGGAAUAUAUUGUUAAUUUUUCUCUUGCUGGUAUUUUCUUUGCUAAACCACUGAGGGAUAAGGAGUAUGUAACUAUGAUGGAUCCCCUCCAGCUGAAAUAUGGGGAAACCCUGACCUGCACUCUUCUGAUUCCUGCAGUGGUGGCUGAAGUGCUGUGGGUAGCAUGCAUCAUGGCAGGUUUAGGAGGAACCAUGAGCGUCGUUCUGGAUAUAUCGUCUUUCUACUCUAUCUGCAUCUCAGCCGCUGUGGCGAUAAUCUAUACGCUUCUCGGUGGAAUGUUCUCUGUGGCCUACACUGAUGUCAUACAGAUUGUCUUCAUAUUUGUUAGUUUGUGGCUGUGUGUUCCUUUCCUGAUGCUGAAUCCAGCCUCCAUUGACAUCACACUCACAGCAUUCAAUGGGACCUUCCAAGCUCCUUGGGUGGGAACACUAGACCCAGAGGAUGUGGGGCUGUGGAUCGAUGAUUUUCUGGUUGUGAGCCUAGGAUGUCUGGCUUCUCAAGGUUUGCAUCAGCGAAUUCUGUCAGCAGCAUCAUCCAAAGAGGCCCAGGUCAUGUGUUUUGCUUCAGCAGUAUUUAGUUUUAUCCUGGGCAUUCCUUCACUGCUUCUUGGAGCAGUAGCUGCAUCAACAGAUUGGAACAUGACCAGCUAUGGUUCUCCCUCUCCUUAUGACCGAGGUGAAGCUGAUAAAAUUCUUCCAAUCGCUCUGCAGCACCUCACUCCCAAUUACAUCUCCAUCUUGGGGACUGGGUCAGUAGCAGCAGCAGUGAUGUCAUCCAUGGACUCCUGUCUCCUGGCUGCUGCUUCCUUAUUUACCAAUAACAUAUACAAAAACUUAAUCAGAAAGCAGGCUUCUGACCGAGAGCUGCAGUGGGUGAUCAAGAUCUCAGUGACCAUAGCUGGGCUGGUAGGAAUGGGACUGGCCUUCUUUGGGAACGUUCUGACCUUCUGGAUGUUGGCUACUGAUGUGAUGUACACCCUGGUUUUGCCUCAGUUCGUCUGUGUUCUCUUCUUCCCCAUCACCAACGGUUACGGUGCUGUUGGGAGUUACAUCCUGGGAGUGAUGCUGAGAGUGCUGAGUGGGGAACCUCUGCUCCACUUGCCCCCUGCCAUCCAUUUCCCCGGCUGCAGGCUCAUCGAUGGUGUCUAUGUCCAGCACUUUCCCUACCGAACCCUGUCUGUUAUAGUGUCCCUGUCUGCUAAUAUUCUGAUUUCCUUUGUGACCUCUCUGCUCUUUGAUAAAAGAAUCCUGCCAAAGAGGUGCGAUAUAUUGCAAGUCAGGAGCCAUAGUGCACCCAGUAGAGCUGAUGCAAAAUCUAAUGUUGACAACAACCAGCCUAUAGCUUCUGAUCAACUGCUUGACACAACUUGUUUGUCUCCAUCUUAAGCAAAAAGAUUUCCUUCAGGUCAGAGAAGGAUACACUGUUCACUGCUUAAUAGCCAUUUAAUUGGGGUCUUGCAUAUGACAAAUUAGCUACAUGACUGAUAGCUGAAUUCUGAUUAAUAUGAUAGAAAUAUCUAUGGGAACUAUGCUGUUGUAAA